AUGAGAAGACUUAAGAUAGGAAUACGACCGCAGCUUAUAGUCCUCGUGUGCUUUGCAUCUUUGUUUUCUCUUUUGAUUUUGGGAGUUGUCACUGGACUAUAUUUCAGUAAGAACUUGACCCAACUGAGAUCAGAGAGAUUAUACGUCAUAUCGCAAUUAAAAUCGACCCAAGUGGAGCAAGCGCUAGCCUUUAUAGCUUAUCAAGUGGGGACGCUCUCGUCUAUUGAUGCCAUAACCACUCCAUUAUCACAAUACAGAGCUGGUAACAACUCGAAUGCAGUCUUUUCCAGCGCUCAAAACACUUUGGACCAAUUUAUGUCAUCCACUGAAACUUUUGCUGCUGCUCGGCUUUACAACUUGGAUUUGCAAGUACUGGCUAGUUCAUAUAACAACGGGACAAGAGUGUCGCAACAUGCUACAGACAAUUUGUUUCCGUUGUCACAAAACAGCUCCAUCCCCCCAGCACUACUAAAUUCUACUGGGUCGGACUUUUACUUCACCGGGCCCUUGGGUAACGACUCCACAGAUGUAUACAGCCCUUAUUUCUUCGGGGUUACCCUUCCUGUCUACACCAACUCCUCGAUAAUCAUUGACAAACCGUAUGUUUCUGGUUAUUUGUCAAUAAUAGCCAGUGCACAAGCAAUUCAGGAUUCACUUAAUGCGACAAGUGAAGACUACAACGUGAUUGCUGUGAAGCCACUUUAUGGGGCGUUAACGGACCUCGUGGAUACACUAAAUUCAAGCGAGCGAGCUUCAGCUGCGGUAGGGUUCCAAUUGGUGUUUCCUGUGCCAAACUCUUUACUCCGACCAGGCGAGGUGUACAAUAUAAACUCAUCGACGUCUGUAAGAACUGCCAUCCGUUCACCUUCAGGCACAUCUACCGACGUCCAAUCAUACUCGGGAGAAAAGGUUGCAAUUGGCUACAGACAGAUUAUGCAAAACAAUCUUUUGUGGUCAAUCGUGGUUAUACAACAAAAAUCGGUUUUUAACGCACCGGUGGACAAGCUCAAGAAAAUCAUUAUCGGUGUUGUUUUUGGAAUAGCAGUGCUCAUGUGUUUAAUCACGUUUCCCUUAGCGGUUUGGUUCAUUCGGCCAAUUACUCAAUUACAAAACUCGGCAGAGUAUAUUUCAAAGUACAGAAAGGAGCGAAUACUUAGUGAAAAGAUUGCUCUCGACUCAAGGAAUAACAGCGUUACCUCGACCGUAACCUCCACAUCGGGGUAUUCCACUGGAGUACGGCUACCCACACGGAUUCAAACAUCAAAGAAAAUCUUCAAGGAUGAGCUUACCGAGCUUUCAGAAGCUUUCAAUAUCAUGACAGAGGAGCUAGAUAAGCAGUACAAUCUAUUGGAAGAGCGGGUGAAGCUUCGAACACGAGAGUUGGAGGCAUCCAAGAUUCAAGCAGAAGCUGCAAAUGAAGCCAAAACUGUGUUUAUUGCAAAUAUAUCACACGAGUUGCGCACACCAUUAAAUGGUAUUCUAGGAAUGACAUCAAUUGCAAUGGAGGAAGAUGAUCCAGAGGCAAUACAUGACUCUUUGAAGUUGAUAUACCGCUCUGGUGAACUACUAUUACAUAUAUUAACUGAGUUGCUAACAUAUUCGAAAAACACACUAAACAGAUCGAAGUUGGAGAAAUCUAAUUUUCAAAUCCUUGAAAUUGUUUAUCAAAUAAAUUCCAUAUUCAAUAAGCUCGCUGUUGAUCAGCGAGUUAAUUUCAAGAUUGUGGUGAAACCGUGCCUUUUCCGCAAAAUGAUUCUUUAUGGUGACUCAAAUAGAAUCAUUCAAAUCAUCAUGAAUUUAGUCUCCAAUGCGUUAAAAUUUACGCCCGUAGAUGGAUCAGUUGAGGUAGUUUUUAAGUUGCUAGGGGAAUAUGAUUAUGAUAGAUCAGCGGCUAGCGAUUUCAAAGAAGUUCACCUUGCACAUGAUAAAAGACCAAGUCCCUCCAAUCACAAUACCGUCUCCACUUUGGUUCAACUGAGCCAAGCGCCUUUUGAAGAAGUCGCCCCUAGGAAAAGUGCCGAUGUUGACGACGCGCAGAGCAUUGUGACCCUCUCAACGGUCCAAUAUGAAAACGCUCUAUUUCAACAGCAAUUUUCCAAAGAAUCUCCAUCACCCAGAUCAUCCAUAUCUGAUCUCAAAUCUGAAUAUGUCAUGCCUGAAGCCAAAGAUUUCAAAACCUAUCACACAUUAGACAAGAAAGAAAUCACUGACGGUCACAAGUCGUACAAGAUCAAAAAUAUGCAUCACCCAAAGACAUGGGUUAUGCAAAUUGAAGUUUGUGAUACUGGGUCGGGUAUUGAUCCAGCUUUACAGGAAAAAGUUUUCGAGCCAUUUGUUCAAGGGGACCAGACGUUGAGUCGAAGCUAUGGUGGUACGGGGUUGGGGUUGAGCAUCUGCCGUCAGUUGGCCACAAUGAUGAGAGGAACACUAACCGUUAAAUCAGCAAUUGGAAAAGGAUCUACAUUUGCUUUAGUUAUUCCAUUGCCCCAAACGGCUGAGAUUGUGAUUUCGCCAGAGGAUCUUGAAUCGUUUUGUGAUGAUGAGUUCAAUCCAAAGUCCAAAAUGAACAGAAGAGUCGCAUUUGGGAACGUAAGCUCCGGUGAAGAUCCAGCUGAGACGAGAUUGACUCGUCGCAAAUCUACCGGAUUGAAGUUGACACCAUCGUCCAUUGCUUACGCAAGAGGCUCUACCGGUACAGCACAAACUUCAGAUGUAAACAGUGGAUCGCAUACGCAUAGCACUGCAUCCACCCCAGUAGAAUCUGUAGUUACAAGUCCACAAACUGCACAAAAUCAAUUAUCCAGCUUUAAAAUCCUUGUGGCAGAGGAUAAUCAAGUCAACCAGGAAGUGAUUAAAAGAAUGUUGAAACUUGAGGGAUUUACAAACUUGGUAAUGGCGGCAAAUGGAGCUGACGCUGUUGAGUUAGUUGAACAAUCCAUGAAGCUUGAGGAGGAUCGACAACAAUUUGAUUUGAUAUUUAUGGAUAUUCAAAUGCCUAUAAUGGAUGGCAUCACAGCCGUCACCAAAAUACGGCAAGACUUGCAUUUCACGAACCCGAUAAUUGCCCUUACAGCGUUUGCCGACGAGAGUAACAUCAAGGAAUGUCUAAAUUGUGGAAUGAAUGGGUUUUUGUCAAAACCAAUCAAGAGGAACAAUUUGCGGAGCGUGAUUAGUAAAAACACCAACAUUUUGGUGCAUGAGUCGGUAAUUACGCCAAUAUCGGGUCAUUCACAAAAAUGCUCCUAUUUUCUGUAA